AUGUCGUGGUUUGGUUGGGGAAGUUCUGACAACAAGAUUGAGACUCCGAGUACGCCCAUGGAUCUAAGCGGUGGUGGCGGCGGAGUGUCUUUCGACAUUACUGAUAAUGCAACCAGUCAGACAUCUGCUCCAGUCGACACCUCUCCGUUCUCAACCCCUGUGCUUGCUCUUGAUCAAAUCAAAAGUGCUGGCGUUCCAGUCACCAGACAGAUGACUCCCUACUUGCAGAUGGAUCCUUCGAUGUUCAUCUCAUCACAACCGCAAUACAUCAUGCCUGAUGGUGGUACUGGCUCUUCAGGCAAGGGAAAAUUCGAGUUUGCACUCGGACACAUUGGGUGGGCCGUGGGUUGUGGAUUUGCCGUGGGCUCCAUAAGAGGAGGCCUUGGAGAACUGAUGAAUCCAGAAACAAGGAAACUGGUAGGGAAACCAUGGAUGACUCGUAUGGUUAAUGCCACAGUCAAGCACGGGUCAGGUUAUGCUCAGCCAGCAGGUGCUGUGGUUUUCAUGUAUUCCGCGUUAGAAAUAGCCCUCCGUUCCGUGAGAGCAGAAGAUGAACUGAAUGGUCUCGGCGCUGGCGCACUCACUGGAGCCAUUUACCGCAGUCCUCAUGGGUUAAGAGCGAGUGGUAUUGGGGCUCUCGUCGGACUAGCAUUAGCAGCAGCCUGGACAAUAGCGAAUCCAGAUAGCCGGCAACGAAUUUCCGAAAUAUUUGCUUGA